CACAUCCAUAGACCACACAACUCUUAAGAGCAGGGGAAACGUGGAAGAGAAUCCUGGAGCCAGUGGAACAAACAGCAGCUGCUCUGCUCAACCUCAGCAACAACAUGUUGUACCUGGAGACACCGGCCUCAGCUCAGUACAAUGAGUCACAGUACACAAACUUGGGGCUCCUAAACAGCAUGGACCAGCAGAUCGGGAACGGUGGCUCCUCCUCGACCAGUCCCUACAACAAUGACCACGCCCAGAACAACGUGACCGCCCCGUCGCCCUACGCCCAACCCAGCUCCACCUUUGACGCCCUCUCCCCGUCACCUGCCAUCCCGUCCAACACUGAUUAUGCCGGCCCCCACACCUUCGACGUGACCUUCCAGCAGUCCAGCACCGCCAAGUCUGCUACAUGGACGUACUCCACAGACCUGAAGAAGCUUUACUGCCAGAUCGCCAAGACGUGUCCCAUUCAAAUCAAGGUUCUGACCAACCCACCCCAGGGUGCCGUCAUCAGGGCCAUGCCUGUCUACAAGAAGGCCGAGCAUGUGACUGAGGUGGUUAAGCGCUGUCCCAACCAUGAGCUGAGCCGCGAGUUCAACGAUGGUCAGACAGCUCCUCCCAGUCACCUUAUACGGGUGGAGGGAAACAGCCACGCCCAAUAUGUGGAGGAUUCGAUAACGGGCCGUCAGAGUGUGCUGGUCCCGUAUGAGCCCCCCCAGGUGGGCACCGAGUUCACCACCAUCCUCUACAAUUUCAUGUGCAACUCAAGCUGCGUGGGCGGAAUGAACAGGCGCCCCAUCCUCAUCAUUGUCACCUUGGAAACCAGAGAUGGUCAGGUGCUGGGCCGCCGCUGCUUCGAGGCCCGGAUCUGCGCCUGUCCUGGCAGGGACCGAAAGGCAGACGAGGACAGCAUCCGCAAGCAGCACGUGACGGAGGGGACAAAGAGCAGUGAGGGUAUGAAGCGCCCUUUCCGCCAGGCAUCUCACGGGAUCCAGAUGUCCUCCAUUAAGAAGAGAAGAUCCACAGAUGAGGAAGUGUUUUGUCUGCCUAUUAAAGGCCGUGAAAUAUACGAAAUAUUGGUGAAAAUUAAAGAGUCUUUGGAGCUCAUGCAGUUUCUACCCCAGCACACUAUUGAGUCAUACAGACAACAACAGCAGAAUCUGAUCCAGAAACAAUGGGAUGUGUCAGACCAUCAGAGUAAUGGCGUGUGUGCUGUUCCAUGCCCCAGGACCUCCAUGCCCUCUCAGCCCGCCUUUGGUUCCAGUUCUCCUCCCCACAGCAAGGUGAACAAGCUGCCCUCCGUGAGCCAGCUCAUCAACCCUCAGCAGCGCAACGCCCUCACCCCCUCCAGCAUGUCUGGAGGCCUGACUGACAUGACUCCGAUGAUGGGCACACACAUUCCCAUGAGCGGUGACAUGAGCGCACUGAGCCCCACCCACGGCCUGCAGCCCCAGCUACCCAUGGUGCCCUCCUCCCACUGCACACCCCCACCGCCGUACCCCAUGGACAGCAGCAUCUCCAGCUUCCUUUUGAGACUGGGCUGCUCAGCCUGCCUGGACUACUUCACAGCCCAGGGCCUGACCAACAUCUACCAGAUCGAGAACUACAACAUAGAGGACCUGUCGCGUCUCAAGAUCCCCACCGAGUUCCAGCCCGUUAUCUGGAAGGGCAUCCUGGAGCACCGGCAGAGCAUGGAGUUCUCGCCGCCGCCGCACAUCCUGCGCACCACCAGCGGCUCCUCCACGGUGAGCGUGGGCUCGUCGGAGGCGCGGGGCGAGCGCGUCAUCGACGCCGUGCGCUUCACGCUGCGGCAGACCAUCUCCUUCCCGCCGCGCGACGACUGGAGCGACUUCUCCUUCGACAUGGACUCCCGCCGCAACAAGCAGCAGCGCAUUAAGGAGGAGGGCGAGUGAAGCCUAGACCACUCCCGCGUUACCCCACCGGGAUACCCCCCUCUACGACCACGCCCAUCAACCCCCCGACUCCCCCACCUUCACGGUGCCUUUGCUCUGUUCCACAGUUCAGUUUCUUUACACUAAAAAAAAAAAAAACCCAGAAAAGUUGCACUUAUUUCCUUUUUUAUGUAUUUUGUACGAGUGUCAUUUUUAAAGGCCUCCAUUUAUUAUGAGCAAGGUGAGAGGUGCUGGGUGGUGAGUGGUGCUUUGUAAUGGUGCAUCAUUUCUUUUCUUCAAUCUCUGAGACAGAGCACUUAACAUUCUGUUAUUGUUUGAGCAGAUAAAAGUGUUUGUCCUCUGUGCUAUUUUGCAGUUCAGCAAAAUGAGAAUGCUGGAGUGUUGUUUUUUUAGUUACGGCCAUGGCAAAAGAUUCAUGCUGUUGUUUUUGAAUUAAAGAGAACUCCUCUACUGAUAAUGGUAGGUAUGGACUGCUCUGUGUUAUGGUGGUCUGGUUAACCUCUUUCAAUACUGUAAGGCAAAAUGAACGCUGGCAGUAUCCAGUUAUGAUUGUAUACAUUUGAAGUUCUGUAUUGUGCUGUAACUCUUCCACAUAACUGUCAGAAGUGUUAUUCUAUCUUUAAAUGUGAGGUUUUCAGACUAUAGUAGUCACUUAGUUUCUUUUUGCAAAAGUGUUGCUUUGAAGCAUAAUCAUGCUACGGUAUUUCUUUGUAAUUACAUAACAUUAUGCAAUGUUUGAAGUAUUCAGUAAUGGCCACUGGUGCAAUCCAUAAACAAGGCAGAUGGUAUUGCUAAUCAUAUUAUAGGGGACUGUUCUGCAUACUUCCCCUUCAUUGAGUGAAAAUGGAGGUUUUCAGCAGAAGGUAGGAUUUUGUUGUUUGUGUGAUGUUCUCAUUAUGAGGCCUUCCUCUGGCUGAUUAUGUUGGCCCACACAAGGUCCUACGAUUCACUUUGCAAGCUAGUUCCCUCCUCCUCCUUCGCCAUUUACAUCACACCACAGAUUUGGGUGUUGGAGUUCUGCAUGCCUAUAGGCCACGUGAUAUAGGAUUAUGUGAGGCAGAACACACUAUGGAAUACAAUGGCGGUUGCCUUGUAAUUGACACUUAACAUUGUUUGCUGUAUUACAACCAUGGUUUUAGAUGGCCUUAAUCAUGUUAUUGUUGAUGCAUAGAGAAUGAAAACAGAAAUAACAGAUUUGUGUAAUCCACAGUCACUGCCAUUACUGCACUGGGGAACAGUGUAGUGCUCAUUAUUGCUGUAUAUAAGCACACAAGGUUUCAGUUAAAGCUUUUAUUUUGUUCUUAUCUGGUAAUCUGUCAUUUCAAUGUAUGCUAGAGCAGAGUCCUUUAUUUCAAUUUGUGGUUUUGGAUUUUUUUUCAAUACAUGUGAACUGCUUUUAUAUCAGAGUAUCAGACCUAGCAUGGUGGAGAGGUUGUGUGGGUAUCAUUUUUGUUACUCAAAGCAUAAAACUGGCAAAGUGUUAUCUGUUUCAAGUAUGUUAUAAAUAUACUACUGACUGCUUCAGACAAUGCCAAUGAUACAGUGGUGUAAUAGCCACAUGUUGAGUUUGAACCACAGAUUUUGCAUUCAAGGUCAACAAGGUCAACAUUUUGUACUGGUUUGUUUUUGUAUUACUUAAU